UCUCGACAAACGCUACAGAGCGCAGCGCCUAGCUCUCAAAUUCAAUCCACAACUGAUGCCGAAGAUCCAUCGUCUAAUGUCCGUGUUUCGGGCACACUUCGAUUGAGGGGCGAAGAUGUUCCCGACACAACAGAAAACAACCAAGAUAGAGCUUCAAACCGUCGCAUAAGGUGGAGCGAGGAUGUUGUUGACAAUGAAGGCAUGGGCAAGAAGAGUUCUAAAGUCUGCUGUAUUUACCACAAAUCCCGGCCUGUAGGCGAGAGCAGUUCUGAAUCAGAAUCCUCCAGCUCCAGCUCAUCGGAUUCGGAUAGUGACAGUGAAUCCCAUAAUCAUGCGAGGAGGGUGAGCGCUUCACACAGUAUCCAGGGUCGAAGCGGAAGCCCUGGGGAGAACCCACCUAGUCAGUUUCUAGGACGAGGGCGGGGGGCCUGCUGUUCCCAACACCAGGACAGGAAAAGUAAGCGGAGAAAGCCAAGUCCAAAUGCAUAUGAGAAGAUGCCAAAGCCUUCAAAGGGA